UUUCUGCACUUUUCUACACUUUAAACAUGGCCACCUUCAACAGCAUCCACGGAAAGACCUUGGAGAGAGUCCUUUUAUACGCCAUUAGAGGUUUCUCUACUCUCUAUUCGCUUAGGAGGGAACAACUUGAAUAUUUUGGUCUUGCUUGGGUCUGCAGAGAAUGGCGGAGGAUGCUUUUACCGAAACUCUAUAAAUGCGCAUUCAUUACUAUCAUGUCUACUUCAUCGCCAGCCAAAUCCAACAUCAGGCUCAUUGUAGAUAAUGGUCUAUCAAAGUAUGCUCAACACCUUCAUAUUAGAUGUCCGAGCAGAUAUAUUGCCUCUGGUCAUCUUAUCAAACUUUUAGAUGAGCGUCUAUUUCACAAAGCAAAUUGGUCAUCAAUUUACAACCUGGGCAUAUACGAGAACCUACAUUCUCCCUUUAUAAACAGCAGAAGAAAGGUGGAAAUUAGUGCUGAUAUGUGUGACACCGCUAACCAAUACCUUCAUACGUAUCUACCGACCUUAACAUCCAUAACAAUAAUUCAUCCACCUGGUAUUUAUACCACGCAUCCACUGGCCAGACUUGCCAAUUUGAAACUACAUCAACUAUCAACUCUAAAUAUCAGCGGAGCCUCAAUUAUUUUCACACACCAUUCCUUCUCUAGCUCGCUUACCCACCUCACUCUUCGUUUGAGCUCAGGACAGACCACACUUCCGCACAUAGCUACACGGAAUCUUCGCACAUUGGAGUUACUAGAUAUUCCUUCUAAUUUCUCGUGGAGGUGCUUUUCCUUCGAGAGCAAUGACUCAUUCUAUUUCUCAGAGCUUGAGAGUAUGACGCUACGUUAUUCAACCACACCAAUUGAUUGGAAGACAGUAAUUUCCAGCCACAGUACUACACAUCCAUAUGCAGCAGCUUUACGGAAGAUUCAUAUGCCGAAACUUAAGCGGUUGCUGUUGUCUGACAUUCCUCCUUCAGAUACACACCUGUUCGCUCCUCUUCUUUUGCUACACCUUGAUUCGCUCCAUAUCGUCAGUACUAUUGAUGUUCUUACACAAAUGAACCUAUGCUUUCCAUUUAGCAAAGAGGUGUCAAUACGCUUGAGCAACAAUUCUAUCGAGGAUACUCAAAUGUACAACACAUUCACAGAGACCAUAUUCAGCUCAUUCUCAGUUGCAACAAAGGUUGCUUUUGAAGUUGAGCAUUAUAUCCCAGUAUCUAUUAAUACUGUUUGUUGGCUAGACUUGCAAAAGUUAGAUAUACUUGCCUUCAUUUCCCGCACCACACUUUAUCGGCUAUUAUCCCAACUACCCCUAUUGGAAGAGCUACGUGUAAAGUUUAUCACUACAGAUGGUGAGCAAUGCCAAUAUGAUAAGCAACAUGGUAUUUCACUAUAUUCACCAGACAACUCUAUUAACUGUAAUUUGCGAUACCUCGAAUGCUUUUACAGCACAUCUCAUUUCCCGCUGGUAUUUGACCUUUAUCCCCUCUAUGAGUUUAUCGCAAACGUCGUCACACUAAAAGAGGUCCGAGUUCCAGAAUUUUAUCUUCAAGACACCCAGGACCACUUCAAUCAAGAUAGUAUGCAGGAAUAUCCGCAUAUUCACAAUAUCCUUUUUGUUGACAGCUUCGAGAGAUUCUAUCGUCCACCUCAAUAAAUGUUGC